AUGGAGCACAAAGAUGAUGGUGAUGUGUCUUUUGCUAAAUGGAUGAGCAGCUUCUGGGGUCACAGCAGGACAGAGGAGGGUGAGGGAGGUCACUGAGAAUACCACUGAUCAUGAGACACCAGUUGCAGUAAAACCUCCUUGCCUUGUCCACUUCCACUCCUCUCUAUGCUGUUUCCCAGAAUUAUAUUAUUUGACCAUCACCAUAGAAGUCAUUCUCAUGAAGGUCAGGGAUUCCAAAGCCAUAACCAUAUGAGGGAUUACAGAAAAUCCUCAACGGAUGGAUUAUUUAAGGAGCAACUGGAAUCAAAAGGAAGAUCCCAUUCCAACAUUCAGGAAUUUCCACAGUCCUUUGAACAGCAACUAUCUUUUAGAACCAAAUGUUCUGUCUCUUUGAGAUCUGAGAGCAGAAAGGAGAGUAAUGAAAGAGAUUGUCUAAGGGUGGAGACAAGUUACUGCAAGAAAAUGGAGGAAAGAAGGGGCUCUAGGAAGGCAGAACAUGGAGAAGCAUAUAUAUCCCCCUGGUAG